AAUCAAAUUAAAUCUACGUUGUUUUCAUCCCACAGCUCUCAUCCAAUCCAAUUGCAGGACAACCACCGAACAUGAGUUGUCAAACAAUGCGGCAGUGAGAAACAAUUAUGCCAAAGUUGGUUUCGUUCGGGUAUAAAAACUACGACUUGGUCAACAAAAAACGAAUUGCCGUAUGCAAAUCACGCAGUUCGAAUAUUACAGACGGAGACGCAACAACUUCCAACUUCAUUCGACAUUUGAAGUUGCACAAAGAAGGGAAGCCAUUUUUACAUGAUGGCUGUGAAGGCACCAGGAUGGAGGAUGGUCUAGCGGCACAUCUUCAUCUCACAUCUUCGCACCAGCUGCCAUCCAGGAGAGUCUGACAAGUUCUUCUUCUCUUCAAGUAUUUUCCCUGAAGGAGCAGCCAUGCCCUGGACCAGGCCGCAGGUGGAGGUGGAGGUGCCGCAGCCGGCGGCGUCGGCGCAGGACCACCACCACUACGAGGGCUCGCUGUUCCCCACCUCCACACUGGUGCCGGUGACGGUGGUGUGCAUGGCCAUCUUCCUGGUGGGUGUGGCCGGCAACACCAUGACCAUCCUGAUCAUCCAGCACUCCAAGGACAUGAAGACCACCACCAACCUGUACCUGUCCAGCAUGGCGGUGUCCGACCUGCUCAUCUUCCUGUGCCUGCCCUUCGACCUGUACCGCCUGUGGCAGUACGUGCCCUGGCUCUUCGGCGAGGCGGUGUGCCUGCUCUACCACUACGUCUUCGAGGGCUGCACCUCGGCCACCAUCUUGCACAUCACGGCGCUCAGUGUGGAGCGCUACCUGGCCAUCAGCUUCCCGCUCAGGACCAAGGCGCUGGUGACCAGGCGUCGGGUGCAUUACGUCAUCGCCGCCCUAUGGGCCUUCGCCCUGGCGUCGGCGGCGCCCACGCUCUUCCUGGUGGGCGUGGAGUACGACAACGACACGCGGCCCGACCUCGCCGCCGGCCAGUGCAAGCACACGGGCGCCGCCAUCAGCUCGGGCCAGCUGCACAUCAUGCUGUGGGUGUCCACCGCCUACUUCUUCUGCCCCGUGCUCUGCCUGCUGCUGCUCUACGGAUCCAUCGCCCGCAAGCUGUGGAAGAGCAAGGGCCACGUGCAGGGAGCUAGCACGUUGGCGCGCCAGCGCUCGCACCGCCAGACCGUCAACAUCCUGGUGGUGGUGGUGCUGGCCUUCAUCAUCUGCUGGCUGCCGUACCACAUCGGACGUAACCUGUUCGCCCAGGUGGACGACUACGACACGGCCAUGUUGAGCCAGAACUUCAACAUGGCGUCCAUGGUGCUGUGCUACCUCAGCGCCUCCAUCAACCCGGUGGUCUACAACCUCAUGUCACGCAAGUACCGCGCUGCCGCCAAGCGCCUCUUCCUGCUGCACCGCCGGCCCCGGGGGCCCCGCCUCCAGCGCCGCCGCAUGGAGCAUGUGACCUCGCUGGACCAGAGCCUGACGGGCGUGUGAAGACCAGAACCAAAGUCACUUUCAGGAGAGCGCUCCACUUUCUGAAGUGGCUCCAGUACAAAAUGGCGUUGCUAGGCAACUUCCAAUCAGAUCAAUAAUUGACAAUUCUUCCUUUAAUGGGGGAUGUCCUAACUUUUUAACCUAAGACAUUUCUAUUUGUCA